ACUGAGAAGUAAAAUGGAAAUACUGAUUCCUCUUUUUAUUAUAAUAUUUACGCUGCAUUCAGCCAAUGGUUAUAACUGGGCAAAUACGUACGACAAACCAUUUGAAUUUGUAUGUCCAGCCGGAACAGCUAUCUCUGAAAUACACAGUGAACACGACAAUCAUCACGAGGACCGUAUAUUUGCAUUCCAGUGUCGAGUAACGGAAAUAAAACAGCACACUUUGUGUCAUUGGUCUUCGUACGCCAACGACUUCGACCAGUUUUUCAGUUACCAGUGUGCCAAUCAUGGAUUUAUCACAGGCAUACAGAGUUACCAUGACAAUGGUCAUGAAGACAGAAAAUUCAAAUUCCAUUGUUGCGAAAUCCAAGAAAUGGAUCUUUCUGAAUGCUACUACACCAAUCCAAACCCUUUUGAUGCUACGUUUACGACAACAGUUCCAGAGAAUUUAGUUUUCCGUGGUGUAACAAGUUCACACAACAAUCACCAUGAAGACAGAGAAUUCAGCUGGGAGGUGUGUAGACUGAAAAAUCGUUACGAGUAGCGAGUGCUAUGCUUGAUCCCCACAAUCCAGUAAAGUUUGGUUUAAUUAUGCCCAAGUUGGCUAUUUAUAUUUUAAUAAAUGAGAUAUUGUCAAAAGUUGGA